GUAUUGUCCUAAAUGUAAACAGCACAGAGAAGCAUCCAAGCAGUUGAUGCUGUGGUGGCUCCCGAAUGUACUCAUCAUUCAACUGAAGCGUUUCUCUUUCCGCAACUUCAUCUGGAGAGACAAGAUCAAUGACAUGGUGGAGUUUCCCAUUAGAAAUCUGGACCUGAGCAAGUUCUGCAUUGGUGUGAAGGAUGUCCGACAGCCCCCUAUUUAUGAUCUCUAUGCAGUAAUUAACCACUAUGGUGGGAUGAUUGGGGGGCACUACACUGCCUAUGCACGUCUACCCAAUGACAAGAACAGCCAACGCAGUGAUGUAGGUUGGCGUCUUUUCGAUGACAGCACUGUCACAACAGUUGAUGAAAGCCAGGUGGUUGCACGACAUGCAUACGUGCUGUUCUACCGUCGCCGUAAUUCUCCAGUGGUAAGACCCUCGCGAACGAGAGCUGCCACCCGUGGAACAGAGUGCACAGCUGAAGCAGAAGGAACAGCCUCCCAGGCUUCUCUAAUAUGGCAGGAGCUGGAGGCAGAAGAGACUGGGGAAGAGGGACCACGCACACCAGGCAGGCAUAAUCAGGGACUUAGGCCUCUGCAGUCUCGGAUCCACGAGGAUUUCUCAGGAACUCAGCUUACAGACUACUCAGACCAAGACUGCAUCCGAUAUUUUGUUCUCAGCACUUUAGCUGCAAUAUUAGCUCUCUUUGUAAAUGUCCUGUACCCACUGAUCAUCUAGGUCGCACGGAAUACAACAGCAGAGGACAGAACUGCUAGUGUACACAGCUGACCAACAGCUAAUCCACAACACCAGUCCUUCAUUACUUCCCAAUUGAUCCCCCUUGGUGUAGCCGUUUCCUUUUGUAGAAUGUGACAAACUUGCCCUGGAAGUAUGCCAUAUUUCGGAGCAUAACUGACAAAUUAUUAAUUUUUUAAAGCAAAGCUUAAAAGGAUAAAUCUCAGAUUGCAUGUUCCAUCCAUGAGCUUUAUUUAAUACAGGAUAAUUCAAGGUAGUGAUAACUUUUUUAUUGCUCAUUAAAUCUACUUUCAUUUUCACUCUUAACAAAUGAAAAAUAAAAGUUUGAUACUGGUAGUCUUGGACCUCCGACUGUUGUUUUGAUCGUAAUGUCUCUUUAAUUAUAAAUUAUUUAUUUAUGAAGAAUUUCUAGUUAAUGCUAAAAAUAAGCCCUCAAAAGCAGUGCAUAAUUUUUUUGGAAGUAUGAUAAACUUAAAUCAGCAAGCCUGUUUGUUUCUGCUGCAGAGAGACUAUGACAUAAGUAUCUGGUGAUCUCUUGUGCAGCUGAAGCAACUAACCAGGUUUAAUUUCUGAAGAGGGGGAGGAACACUACAGGUAAAAAUGACUGGAGUUGGCUUCAGGCUAAUACUGGCAGCAAGAAGUCAUGGAAGCAGUGUCACUGUCUUUCUCUUCCUCAUUCUCUUUCUCUUUCUCUUCCUCACCCCCUCUCAAAACCAGGACAAUGGGCAGGGAA